UUUACUAUAAAAUGCGAACCUUUUCACAUAAUUUCUUACAAGUUUGAUUUAAACAUCAAGAUCUCUCUACUUGUUUUCUCUUAAUUCUCUCGCUUAAUCAUUUAUCAAAGAAAAAGAAAAAUGAAGAGCUCUAUGCAGUUUAUCUCUACACUCUUCUUCCUAAUCCUACUUGUUGUCGGACCUGGUGUGAUGAAGAUGGUUGAAGGACAACCCCAAAUGUGCGAAACCGAAAGCAUCAACUUCACGGGAUUUUGCUCGAAAUGGAGGACUUGCAAGCGAGUGUGUAUGAGCGAAGGUUUCCCUGAUGGUAAAUGCAACGGAGAUUUCUUUCACAGCAGAUGUAUGUGCAUGAAGCCUUGUGCUAUGUAAUUCUACCUAAACAAAAUAUUAUACUAUUAUAAAUA